GCUGGCAGAGCCCCUCUGGGGUGUCCCCCACCCUGUCCCCAACAGUUGGUGGUUGGGGAUGUCACAAGGCUGUGGUUGGGGGCACGUGUCCCUGUCACUGAUAUAAGGGUGGCAGUGGGCAAAAGCCCCCAAGACCUAGGUGAGAAGCGGAGACAGGGACAUAGGGGUGGGAUUAGCCCUCAGCUGCCAGGGUUGGGGGUUCCUGAGUCUGGCACUGGGGACUCUGGGGUGCCAGGGGUGGAGGGGGCAUGGUGGGGGACAGAAUGGCAUAGGAUGCCCAGGGGAGGGAGUGACCAAGGGUGGGAAGUCAGGAACUGGGCACAUGGUGGGCAUAGGAGGGCUGGGGUCUGUGGGGAUGGCCAUGGGGGUGGCAGAGGGGAUGGAGCACAGGGUGGCACUGGGGAUGGUGGAGGGACAGAGGGGAUAUGGGGGGGGUUUCUGAGGGGAUAUGGGGACGACAGGGUGACGCUGGGGGUGGCAGAUGGCCCAUGGGGGUGUCUCCAGGGUGGCCGAGAGUGAUGGGGCUCUGGGAUCUCCCAAGGGUGCUAGUGGUAUCCCCAGUGUCCCUGUGCCAUGCGUCCCUGCCUGCUGAUUGCCCUGGCCCUGCUGGGCACAGUUUGCAUCAGUCACUCUGCUCUUGCCAGCCCUGCGGUGGAGGAUGAGGAGGACGUGACAGAGCUGGAGAUGCCUGAGGAAUACAGCGGGUGCCAGGGGGCCAGUGACAAGCAGGCACUCGGUGUCCCCAGCAUGCCGGGCACCGCCACCUGCCGCUACGUCAUCAUCACCCGCUGCCGAAGCUUCCGCCGUGCGCAGCACAUCUGUGCCCGGCGCUUCCGCGGGCGCUUGGCCUCGAUCCACGAUUCCCGCACCAACACGUUCCUGCUGCUCCUGGCGCGCCGGCACACCAAUGCCGGCCUGGUCUGGAUCGGUGCCGUCAGCCAGCCCGCCAUCCCAUUCCCGAGCUGCCACUGGACCGACCGGAGCCCCUGGAACUACAGCCGGUGGGUGCCCGGGCACCCCCUGCCCGGCCGCCGCUUCUGCACCGCCCUCUGCACCAACAAUGGGCUCUGGAGGAGCGUGCACUGCAAGCGGUGGCUGCCCUUCAUCUGCGAGAUAUGAGGGGCUCAGCCCCCCUGGGUGCCCCUGGGCCUCCCCUACUGCUGUUCCCCUACAGGGGGCUGCACCCCCUCCCU